AUUGAUGCUAAUACAUUGUUCACAAUGGAAAUUCCUGCUUCGGUUGCGCUGGACAAGGAUAAAAAACCUUUUUAUUGUUAUACGACAUGUCCCUUCUUUUCUCAUCUCCACGAACCUAUUAUACUGUGCCGUAUCCCAAUAAUGGACCGACAUAUUGUGCUUCUGUGACCUUCAGCUCGAACGAGACCCCCACGAAAUGCCGGAUAUACGCAUUGGUUGCUAUAAAAUCUAUCGUGCUCGAGUGCUUUGCCAGGUUGGAAAUGAACUUCGCCCCGGACGAGAACCUCGAUGAUAUCGCUCGCUAUUUACUCAUGUCUCGGAGUGAUAUCCCCGACUUGCUCUCAAUGUAUCUCUCCUUCUCCCGCGACAUAAAGCAUGCGCUUUUGAACAGCAAUAUAAUCGUGCUCGUGGCCAUGUUGUCAACCCUUGCCAUCUUCAUAGAAUCCCUUUGCAUUUGGCUUACAGGUAUUGCCACGUCUCAUAUUAUUGUUCGUGUUUCAACUGGGUAUGUCGCCAGGAAUUAA